AUUAGCUUAACAACAUAUCUAAGAAUAAAAUAUAGAAAAUCCACCCAGAACGAUUCAUUUCUGAAUGCUGUUUCCAACACUCAGUAAAUAUUGUGCAUCUUUGAUUGGUCUUCAGCUCUGACCUUCCUGUUGUGGAAGUGGCUCCAUCAGUUUUGGCCACAAGAGCAUGGGAGGCAACCAGUCGAGGAUCUCAGAGGUCACCCUGCUGGGAUUCCAGGUGGACCCAGCACUGGAAUAUUUCCUUUUUGGGCUUUUCUUCCUGUUCUACACCUUCACCCUGCUGGGGAACGGGGCCAUCCUGGGGCUCAUCUGUCUGGACUCCAGACUUCACACCCCCAUGUAUUUCUUCCUCUCACACCUGGCCGUUGUUGACAUGUCCUACGCCUCCAACAAUGUCCCCAAGAUGCUGGUAAACCUUCUGAGCAAGAAAAGAACCGUCUUCUUUGUCCCUUGCAUAAUGCAGACAUUUUUGUGUCUGGCUCUUGCUCAUACUGAGUGCCUAAUUUUGGUAGUGAUGUCCUAUGAUAGAUAUGUGGCCAUCUGCCAUCCCCUUCAUUACACUGUCUUCAUAAACUGGAGGGUCUGCAUCACCCUGUCUGUUGCUACCUGGGCAUAUAGCUUCCUCCUGGCCCUGGUCCAUGUGGUUCUCAUCCUGAGGCUGCCCUUCUGUGGGCCUCAUGAGAUCAACCACUUCUUCUGUGAAAUCCUGUCUGUCCUGAGGCUGGCCUGUGCAGACACCUGGCUCAAUCAACUGGUCAUUUUUGCAGCCUGUGUUUUUAUCCUGGUAGGGCCCUUCUGCCUGGUGUUGGUCUCCUACAUCCGCAUCCUCUUUGCCAUCCUGAGGAUCCAGUCUGGGGAGGGACAAAGAAAGGCCUUCUCCACCUGCUCCUCCCACAUCUGUGUGGUGGGGCUCUUCUUCGGCAGUGCCAUCGUCAUGUACAUGGUCCCCAAAUCCAGUCACCCUGAGGAGCAGCAGAAGGUCCUUUCCCUGUUUUACAGCCUUUUCAACCCCAUGCUGAACCCCCUAAUCUACAGCCUGAGGAACACAGAGGUGAAGAGUGCCUUGUGGAGAGCACUGUGCAAGGAGAGGAGAAUGUGAGCGAUAUCACAGAGCCACAUGGUGGGGGCAUUUUCUCAAGGGACGUGAAAGUUGGAAUUAGUUACCAUAUGCUGGAGUAAAUGCCAACUUAAAAUGCAAUAUUAUAGACCUAAACAUAAAAACUGAAACUGUAGUGUUUCCAGGAAAAUAAAUAACACCUUCAUGACAUUGAGAUUGGCACUGUUUAUUAGAGAAGAAACAAAAAGCAAUAUACAUAAUAUCUGAAAUAUUUUAUGGUAAACACUCAAGGCUCUGCAGGCCAUAUGGCCUCUGUUGUAACAACUACACUCUGAUGAC